AUGAAAUGGACAAGCUCAAGGGCGAAGCGGACUUCACGACGAUCUUUGAACAGCCGGAUCAUCAAUGAGGCAAGUGCCCUACUUCGCAACGACUCCGCAACGCAUGAGCAGCUCGAUUCCAUCUACGAGAGGCUCAAAACGAACAACGAUGCGUUGAACAAGAUCAACAACGAGUUAGAGAGCGUCAUCACGGACGAGGACUUCCAAUCCGAGUACGAAACAAUUUUAGAGUAUGAAGACAACGCGACGCGCAUUCUCGCCGAGCUCAUAAGCCGUCGGAACCGCAUUUCAAGCACACCAGCAGAAGAGGGACCGGGGUCGGGGCCGGCUACCAAUGUGAUCGCUACACCAUCAGAGAGGACGGGAGCCAAGCUGCCGAAGCUCACGAUCGCGCCCUUUUCUGGAGAUGUGUGUAAAUGGACGGAGUUCUGGGAGCAGUUUCUCCAGAUUGUCCACAACAACGUCACCCUGACUACGACGGAGAAAUUCCACUAUCUGCGACAGUUUUUAAAAGGAGACGCUGCCUCAGCGGUGGCCGGUCUUCCCACGACUGAAGCAUGUUAUAAGGACGCUGUAUACUUACUACAGAAGCGCUUCGGGGACAAGACCCGCCAAGAGCAGGAAUACUUUGCAAGAUUGCGUCAGCUGACUCCUGUUCGAGCAUCUGGUGAUACAAGAGCCCUCCGACAACUCUACGACCACGUGCUCGUGAACAUCCGAGGGCUGGAGUCACUGGGUGUGCAGCGGUCUUCAUUUUCGUCGAUGCUCUGCGACGUCAUACUUAGGGCAUUACCCCGAGACGUCGUGGUCCUGUAUCACCGUACCUGUGCCGCACAAGCUGAGAAUGAUGCCGCGGACAACGCAGGGCUGGACGGUCUCCUGAAGCUCCUUUCGGUCGAACUGGAGAGUUUGGAAAAAAGCGACUAUAAGGAUAGCAGCGGACGAGACAGCGGGGCUCAACAUGUGGCGACCCAGCCAGCCCGUAGUCGGCCUUGGAAGCAGCCUACGUCAUCUGUUCUCCAUACGAAAUCGACUCGUGAUUAUCAGCACUACAACGAGAUGUGUGCGUUCUGUUCAUCCAAGCAGCACUCCACGGAAGCGUGUCCUACCGACAUGUCCCUGACGCAAAAGAAGCAAGUGCUGUCGAGUGACAAAAGGUGCUUCCGAUGUACCACGAAAGGCCACAGGGCACGCGACUGCAAGCGGAGGAUCUCGUGUUCGAAGUGCAAAGGCCGACAUGCCUCGAGUAUGUGUGACCCAGACAGGAUUCCACAGGACUCGCACCAAGCCGCCCGGACUGACCGUGCAAGUGCGACAGUUUGCUCAUCACUAGGGAGACGACGGCGAAGCAACGAUGGAUACAAUGCGUGCGUCUUCCUCCAAACUUUCCGAGCCUGGGCGGUAAGCGAUCACAACUGCCGCUACGUGCGAGGUGUAUUCGACGGUGGCAGUCAGCGUACCUUUUUCACCGAGGAGUUGUCACGACACUUGGGCUUAAAAUGCCUCGGAUCCAUAAACAUGGCUGUCAACACCUUCGCCAGUGCCUCAAACCAAGCGGCCGAAAAUCGACGAAUAGUAGAGCUUCGCUUACGAAGUCAGUUUUCUGACAUGGAGGUUUCGCUAAGUGCAAUUGAGAUUCCGCACAUCUGCCAAGACAUCGACGAAACAAGAAUGGAAGUCUCAUUCGUCGCUUCUUUUAAGAAAUUGGGAAGGGACGUAGCCGAUGAACUCGCACACGCAUCAGUGAUCACACAAAGUGGAAUCAGCGUGCUGAUCGGCUCUGAUCAAAUGUGA